ACAGCCACGCCAACCAUGCUACUUGCAAUUCGUCUAGCUCGUCUUCAAUUGCAUCCUCGUGUACGGUCACCAUUUCAGCGGUCCGCCUGUCGGGAGACGGCUUAUGUCAAAGUAAGGUCAAAAUCAUCACAACAAGGAAACAGAGAAGAAGAGAUGGAGAAUAACAAAAAAGAACACCCAGAUAACGGGGACGUGAUGUCACAAUCGUUCGGUGAGGGCUAUUCAACGCGGUCGGAUGAAGAAGGGUUUGGAGGUGUCUAUGGAGGAAAUCAGGCCUUUCGGAAGCGAGAGGAAGGAGAGGACAUACAUGAAAAACAUCCCGAAUACGACAAGUCACAGGGCAGUGAAGUAAAGGAGAAGGAGAAAGGCAGGCAUCAGCCUCAAAAAAUGGCCAAAUCCUAAAGAAUAUCAUCUCUUACCAGUUUCGGCUUCUAUAUAAGUGUUUUAGAGUCCCAACUCAGUUUAGAAAUAAAGUUUGCUGAUGCUUGUAGGAAACUUGGUAAAUGGUUAUUAGUAUGUAGUAGGAAGGUGAGUGAAAUGAGAAAUGUAUGAAGGAAAUCGUUGGUACAAACGUUCUCAUCCACUUAUGGAGGGGCAAAAAAAAAAAAAAUCUUUUUUCUUACUA